AUGGACUUGAGUAUCUUACUAACCUUGGUGCUUCUCUCCCUGUUCGUGCUUUCAGCUUUCUUCUUGCUGCGUUCAUGGGCUUCACCAAAAGAAAUGGAGGAAAUACCUGGUAGCUUGGGUUCGCCUGUUGUAGGCGAAAGCUUCUCAUUUCUUGCAGACUUUUCAAGCCCAUCUGGUGUUUACAGCUUCAUGAAGAAGAGGCAGCAGAGAUAUGGAAAGGUGUUUAAGACUAGCGUUUUGGGGAGAUUCACCAUCUUCAUGACAGGGAGGGAAGCAAGCAAGAUCUUGUUGACAGGAAAAGAUGGGUUGGUGAGCUUGAACCUCUUCUAUACAGGCAAGCAAGUGCUGGGCCCUACCAGCUUGCUCCAAACCACAGGAGAAGCACACAAACGGCUUAGACGGCUGAUCGCUGAGCCCCUAUCAAUUGAUGGCCUGAAAAAAUAUUUUCAGUUUAUCAAUAUGCUGGCAAUUCAAACAUUGGAUCAAUGGCCUGGGAGAACAGUUUUGGUUCUUGAAGAGGCUUCUACAUUCACUCUCAAAGUGAUUGGAAACAUGAUAAUGAGCUUGGAACCCACAGGCGAGGAGCAGGAAAAGUUUAGGGCCAAUUUCAAACUCAUUUCUUCCUCAUUUGCGUCUUUGCCAUUUAAAAUACCAGGAACAGCUUUUUAUCGCGGUAUCAAGGCUCGGGAUAGGAUGUACGCCAUGUUAGACUGCAUAAUUUCCAGGAGGAGAAAUGAAGAAGGCUUCCAAAAAGAUUUCUUAGAGUCACUUAUAACGAAACACAGCAAAGGAGCAGAUGAUAAAGACAAACUCACUGAUACACAGUUGAAAGACAAUAUACUGACUCUGCUAGUUGCUGGUCAUGACACUACCACUGCUGCUCUCACAUGGCUGAUCCAAUUCCUUGGAGAAAAUCAUGCUGUUCUGGAACAACUUAGAGAGGAACACAUACAAAUUCAAGCAAAGAGAAAGGAUGGAGAACAUCUCACAUGGUCUGAAGUUAACAACAUGCCUUACACCACCAAAGUAAUUCAUGAAACUCUUCGGAGAGCCACGAUACUUCCUUGGUUUUCAAGAAAAGCAGCCCAGGAUUUUGAGAUUGACGGAUAUAAAAUCAAGAAAGGUUGGUCGGUUAACCUGGAUGUUGUUUCCAUCCACCAUGACCCGGAAGUUUUCCCCAAUCCACAAAAGUUUGACCCUUCCAGAUUUGAUGAACCGCUAAAGCCUUUCAGCUUUCUUGGUUUUGGUAGCGGCCAGCGUAUGUGCCCCGGAAUCAACCUGGCCAAGCUUGAAAUAUCAAUUUUCGUUCAUUAUCUGGUCUGCAGAUACAAGUGGAGACCUCUGGAGAAAGAUGACUCAGUCCAGCCAACACUUGUACGGAUGCCAAAAAACAAGUAUCCGAUUGUAGUUGAGCCAAUGUAAAACAUUUCUGCUACAGGAAAUUCUAAAGCAUGAAAACAGGA